UAAAAAGGCUGUAGGGCCACAACUGAUCCUCACAACCCCAUUCAGCCAUGAAAGCGGUUGUGCUUGCCCUGACUCUGGCCCUUGUGGCUGGACAACAUCCCAACUUUGCUCCGGAUUUUUCUGCUGGCAAAACCUAUGUGUACAAGUAUGAGGCGUCCAUCAUGAGCGGUUUGCCUGAUGAGGGUUUGGCAAGAGCUGGACUCAACGUCUCCAGCAAAAUCCUCAUUAGUGCUGUACAUGAAAAUACAUACAUGUUGAAGCCUUUAGAACUUAUUAUCAAUGAGUACAAUGGUAUUUGGCCAAAGGAUCAUCCAGAGCCAGUUGGCAAGCUGACUGCUGCUAUGACACCAGAGCUCAACAUUCCCAUCAAGUUUGAAUACAGCAAUGGUGUUGUAGGAAAAGUGUUUGCCCCCGAAGGAGUCUCAGAUUUGGUCCUGAACUUCUACAGAGGUUUCCUUAACAUCCUUCAGCUUAACAUCAAGAAGACACAUAACGUCUAUGAUCUGCAGGAGGCUGGAACUCAAGGUGUCUGCAAGACCCUCUAUUCUGUCAAUGAAGAUGUAAAGGCUGACCGCAUCCUCCUGACUAAAACCAGGGACAUGAACCACUGUCACGAAAGGAUCUCUAGAGAAAUUGGGUUGGCAUACACUGAGAAAUGUGACGAGUGCCAGAAGGAAUCCAAGAAUCUGAGAGGUUCUACAUCAUACAGAUACAUCUUGAAGCCAGUUCCCAGCGGCAUUAUGAUCCUGGAGGCAGAUGUAAAUGAGCUAAUCCAGUUUUCACCUGUGUCUGAGCGUUACGGAGCUGCUCAAACAGAGACCAGACAAACCUUGGUCUUCCUUGAGAUUCAGAAAUCCCCUAUUGCACCCGUCUCUGCUGAGUAUCAUCAUCGUGGAUCUCUCAAGUAUGAGUUCUCAAAAGAGUUUGAGCUCUCACCACUUCAACUUGUCAAAGUUACUGAUGAACGCGCCCAGACCGAGGAGCUUCUGAAUCAUCUAGUUACCCACAAUGCCGAAAAGGUCAAUGAUCAUGCUCCUCUGAAGUAUUUGGAAUUGAUUCAGUUUUUACGUCUUGCCCGCUAUGAAGACCUAGAAGUACUCUGGAGCAAGUACAGAAAUAUGCCUUCUCACAGAUUUUGGCUCUUAGAGGCUAUUCCCGCCAUUGGAACCUCUGCUGCUGUCAGAUUCAUCAAGGAGAAAUUUCAGGCUGAAGACUUAAGUGUUGCUGAGGCAGUUAGAACCUUGGUUGCAGCUGUUCACAUGGUUAAAGCAAAUCCUGAAUCCAUCAAGCUCUUUGAGGUUUGUACACUAUACAUGAAAGGAUUUAAUAAAAACACACAAAUUGAAACAUGUCUAAUGUCUUCACUGUUUCAGACCCUCACCGAAGACAACAAAAUCGAUGCCAACCCAGUUCUACGUGAGAUCGUCUUCCUCGGAUACGGCACAAUGAUUUCCAAAUAUUGUGAAGAGUCAGAUGUCUGUCCUGUCGAAUAUAUAAAACCAAUUCAGAAGCGUCUCUCAGAGGCAGUUUCUAAGGGCGAAACAGAAGACAUCAUUUUGUAUUUGAAGGUUUUGGGAAAUGCAGGACACCCUAGUAGCCUCAAGUCAAUCACAAAGAUUAUGCCCAUUCACGGCACUGCUGCUGCAUCUCUGCCAAUCACAGUCCAUAUUGAAGCCAUCAUGGCUCUGAGGAACAUUGCAAAGAAAGAACCAAGAAUGGUUCAGGAACUGGCUCUUCAGCUCUACAUGGACAAGGCUCUUGACCCAGAGCUUCGUAUGCUUUCAUGCAUUGUGCUGUUUGAGACCAAUCCUUCAAUGGCGCUGAUUUCCACCCUUGCCAAUGCUGUUAAGUCAGAGGAGAAUUUGCAGGUUGCCAGCUUCACAUACUCUCACAUGAAGUCCCUGAGCAGGAGCGCUUCCAUGAUUCAUCCAUCAGUAGCUGCAGCUUGUAAUGUUGCCAUGAAGAUCCUGAGUCCAAAGCUGGACAGACUGAGCUUACGUUACAGCAAAGCUGUCUAUGGGGAAGCCUAUAGCAGCUCUUUAAUGCUUGGUGCUGCUGCUACCGCUUUCUACAUCAACGAUGCUGCUACCUUCCUGCCAAGAUCUGUUGUUGCCAAGACCAAAGCCUUCUUUGUUGGAGCUGCUGCUGAUGUUCUGGAGAUUGGAGUGAGAACUGAUGGACUGCAAGAGACCCUUCUGAAAAACCCUUCAAUUUCUGACAGUGCUGACAGGAUAACAAAAAUGAAACGUGUCAUCAAGGCUCUUUCUCAGUGGAGAUCCUUGCCCAACAACAAACCCUUAGUUUCCUGCUAUGUCAAGCUUUUUGGACAAGAGAUUGCCUUUGCCAACAUUGACAAACCCAUGAUUGAACGGGCUAUUGAGCUUGCCAGUGGUCCCUCUGUUCAGGCUUAUGGUUUAAAAGCUUUGAAAACUCUGCUCCUUUCUGGUGUCAAUUUCCACCAUGCAAUGCCUGUGCUGUUUAGUGAGGUGCGACGCAUAUUGCCAACUGCUGCUGGAAUUCCAGUGGAACUGAGUCUUUACUCUGCUGCUGUGGCUGUAGCCGCUGUAGAAAUUAAACCAACUCUGUCACCACGUCUGCCUGAAGACUUUCCUCUCCCACGCCUUCUGGAAACAGAAAUCAAGCUUGAGACUGAGAUUAGACCCAGUUAUGCUAUGGACACCUAUGCUUUAAUGGGAGUUAACACUCCCGUUUUCCAGGCUUUCAUGGUUUCAAGAGCUAAAUUUAACUCAACUCUGCCUGCCAAAAUCUCUGCAAGACUUGACAUUAAAGAGGGUGACUUCAAGAUAGAAGCACUUCCUGUUACUGCUCCUGAAAACAUCACAGCUGGAAGUUUUGAGAUCUAUGCAGUGACAAGGAACAUAGAGGAGCCAACAGCUGAGAAAAUCACACCAAUCUUACCUAACAAAGUUUUACCAUCCAUCUCAAGCCAGAUUGUAUCUAGCGAAGAUUCUUCUUCUGCUGAAAUUUCCUCUGAAAUCAUUGAAGAAGAUGUCAAACGCAAGGUUCCAUUCUUAGCCAAAAGAUACUGUGCCAAGUACCGUGCCAUUGGACUCAAAGCCUGUUUCAAGGUUGCCACUGAAAACGCUGCUUUCAUCCGUGACACUGCAUUCUACAGAAUGAUUGGAAGCCACAAUGCUUCUUUCUCUAUCAAACCAAUUGAAGGUGAAGAAGUGGAGAGACUGGAGAUGGAAGUGAAAGUUGGAGCAAAGGCAGCAGAGAAGAUCAUUAAACAAAUAAACAUGAAGGAUAGUGCGGGAACAGUGCUGUCCAAGCUCAACAAAAUCCUGACCUCAAAUCUGAAUCGCACUUCGUCCUCCUCCUCAAGUUCCAGCAGCAGUUCUUCCUCUAAGCAUUCCUCCAAAUCCUCAUCUUCAUCAUCUAGCUCUUCCUCUCGCCCCAGUGGCAGUAGCAGCAGUAGUAACAGCAGCAGCAGUAGCAGUAGCAGAAGCAGCAGCAGCAGUAGCAGCAGAAGAAGCAGCAGCAGUAGCAGCAGCAGAUUGAGCUCCUCAAGAUCCUUCAGCAAUUCAUCCAGAUCAAGCUCUGCAUCAAGCCUUGCUUCACUCUUUAGUGCUGAAUCAAGUUCUUCUCGUGACAGUGCUCGUCGUUCAAUGCAAAAAGUCAAUUCUCACAGAUUCAGGAAGGCACAUAAGAACCAGACUUUGGCGUCAGAAGAGCGUUCUAGAAGCAGAAGCAGCGACUCCAGUUUUGAGGCCAUUUACUCAAAGAACGAACUCCUUGACGAAAGGAGUGUUGCUGUUGUUGUCACUGUCCGUGCUGUAAAAGCCAAUAAGGAAGACCAAGGAUACCAGGUUGCUGUUUAUGUUGACAAACCAAAUGCCAGACUUCAGAUCAUCUUAUUCCCUCUGUCUGGAAGCAACUGGAAGUUGUGUGCUGAUGGAGUUUUGUUGAGCAAGCACAAAGUCACGGCUAAGAUUGCUUGGGGAGCUGAAUGUAAACAGUACAGCACCAUGAUCACUGGGGAAACUGGUUUAGUCAGUUCAAACCCUGCAGCUCGACUCAGAAUGUCCUGGGAGAAACUACCCUCUUACGUUAAGCGCUCUGCAGAGAAGGUUUAUGACUACAUGCCCAACAAAAUGCUGGCUGACUUGAUCAAAUCAAAGAGUGCAAACAGCACCAGGCAGCUCUCUUUCACUGUUGUUGCAGAAUCUGAAAAGUCCAUUGAGCUUAUUGCAAAAACACCGAGGCGCACUUAUUACAACAUGACUUUACAUCUUCCCAUUACCCUUCCACUGCAAGAGAUCAAAAGCCUUACCCCCUUUGAGGAGGUUACUGAUAAAGUCCACUACGUCUUUGCCAAGGCUGUUGCAGCUGAAUGCAGUUUGUCCAACAAUACAAUCAAAACAUUUAACAACAGGAGGUACAAGAACAAGAUACCAGAGUCUUGCUACCAGGUUCUUGCACAAGAUUGUACUGAGGAGCUGAAAUUCAUGGUCCUGCAAAUGUAUUACGCCACCAAACAGAACCAUCUUAAUGUCAAGAUUGCUGACAUAGACAUUGAUCUGUACCCCAAGGACAGUGAGGUGCAUGUUAAGGUCAAUGGAAUGGUAAUACCUCUCACCAGCCUGCCAUACCAGCAUCCAACAGCUUCCAUUGAGAUCAGAGAAAAUGAGGAGGGAGUUUCUGUGUUUGCAUCCAGCCAUGGGCUUCAUGAAGUCUAUGUUAACAAGACCUCAUGGAGGAUUAAAAUCGCUGACUGGAUGAAAGGAAAGACCUGUGGGCUCUGUGGAAAUGCUGAUGGGGAAGUCAGACAAGAUUAUCGUGCACCCAAUGGACGCCUGGCCAGAAACUCUGUCAGCUUCGCUCUUUCCUGGAUUUUACCAGCAGAAAGCUGCAAAGACAACUCUGAGUGCCGCAUGAAGUAUGAAUCCAUCCAGCUGGAGAAGAAGGUUAAUGUCCAUGGUCAGGACUCCACAUGCUUCUCUGUUGAACCUGUGCUGCGCUGUCUGCCUGGCUGCUCUCCAGUCAAAACCACCUCUGUCAAUGUUGGCUUCAAGUGCUUUGCUGCUGAUUCUUCUAGGGAUCUUAGUAACAUCUUCAAUGAAAGUGUGGACCUGAGGGACUCUACAGAGGCUCACCUUGCCUGCAGUUGCUCUGCUCAGUGUUCUUAAAAAAGAGUUCUCUGUUAGUCACAUGUGUAUGUUUCGACGGUAACUUUAAAUAAAUGCAUCUUGAAAGAAUU